AUGUUGCAUAUUUUUGUGUUUUUAUGUACUCUUUCUUGUACUACUAACGGUUACGAUGGUUCUAUGUUGAACGGUUUGCAAGCACUUGACUCCUGGCAGGAUGCAAUGGGUCACCCAGAAGGCUAUAAGCUUGGUUCCCUUGCAAAUGGUACAAUCUUUGGUUCAGUUCUCAGUGUUUCUGUUGCAGCAUGGCUCAGUGACAAGGUCGGUAGAAGAGUCGCUAUUAUUAUUGGUUCUGGUAUAGCCGUUGUUGGUGCUAUUUUACAAGGUGCUUCUACUAAUUUCGCUUUCUUUUUAGUUUCCAGAAUUUUGCUUGGUUUCGGUGUUGGAAUUGGAGCUAUUGCUUCACCCGCAUUGAUUGCAGAAAUUUCUUACCCAACUUUCAGACCAACGUGUACUACCCUCUACAAUACGUUAUGGUAUUUGGGUGCUGUUAUUGCUGCUUGGGUCACUUUCGGUACUCAACACUUGAAAGGAAGUGCUAGUUGGAGAGUUCCAUCGUAUAUCCAGGCAUUCUUACCAGCAGUGCAAUUUGUCAGUCUUUGGUGGUGCCCCGAAUCCCCAAGAUGGAUGAUUGCCAAAGGCAGAGAAGAUGAAGCCAGACAAAUCCUCUUCAAAUAUCAUACUGGUGGGGACCAAGAUGAUAGAGCAGUAAGAUUGGUUGAGUUUGAAAUAAAAGAAAUCAAGGCUGCUUUGGAGAUGGAAAAGAUUUGCUCCAACUCUAAGUACAGUGACUUCUUGACAAUUCCUUCUUACAGAAAGAGAUUAUUUUUGCUUUCAUUUACAGCUAUCAUCAUGCAAUUAUCUGGUAAUGGGUUAGUUUCUUACUAUCUCAGUAAGGUUUUGACUUCAAUUGGUAUUAAAUCUGCUAACGAGCAGUUGAUCAUCAAUGGUUGUCUUAUGAUUUACAAUAUGGUUAUUGCUCUGUCUGUUGCAUUCGUCGUUUACUUAUUUAGAAGAAGAACUUUGUUCUUAACGUCCAUUUCAGGUAUGUUAUUCAGUUACAUUAUCUGGACAGCCCUUUCUGCAGUUAAUCAACAGAGAGACUUCAAGGACAAAUCAUUGGGCAAGGGCGUGCUUGCAAUGAUCUUCUUCUACUAUUUGUCCUACGAUAUUGGUGCAAAUGGAUUGCCAUUCUUGUAUGUGACAGAAAUCUUACCUUACACCCACAGAGCCAAGGGCCUUAACGUCAUGUACGGGGUUCAAAUGACUACUUUAGUGUACAAUGGUUACGUCAACCCUAUAGCUAUGGACGCACUUGACUGGAAAUACUACAUUGUGUGGUGUUGUUUCUUGGCCUUUGAAUUGCUCAUUGUCUACUUCUUCUUUGUGGAAACAUAUGGAUACUCUUUGGAAGAAGUUGCAAAGGUUUUCGGUGACGAUCCAAACUCUUCCCUCAUUCAAUCAACUUCUAGCAACGAAAAAGCUUCCAUUGAGCAUUUAGAAGAUACUUCUUCCGCAGAGAUCGGAAGAGUCGUCUGA